AUGAACGCAAACGAUGAAGCCCGGAAAGAAGCCCGGACGACAUAUAAUGAAUCUGAUAUCAAUGACUGGUUUAAUCGAAUGAAAAAUGAUGAAAAAUUUGCUGAAUACAUGAUUGAAAUUUAUAAACAACAAAAAUUAGAUAAACAACAACAAAACAACAAUAGCAACGUGAUUCAUCAUCAUCACCAGCCACGCUCUCCAAAUGUAUUCAUUAGUCCCCAACAAACAACAACACAACACAUUCCAAAACUAAUGGACCAUUUAAUCGACCAUCCAGAUACAUCUCAUCCAAUUCAACAACAACAAAAUCAUCACCCACAAGACCAACUAGCAAAGACAUCUUUCGACCAUCCAAAAAUAACAUCAUCAAAUAAUCCAACGUACUCUAGUUUACGACGACCAUUCGCUGCCAAUGUUUCAAGAAAUACUACGCUACGGCAAAUAAAUAUAUUACAACCUCAAGAAUCGAUAUCAUCAUCAUCGGCAACCUCAGCAGCAGCCACAGCACCUUCAACUUACCAAUUUCACUUUUCUCAGGCUCAUCUGAAACGAGCCAUAGACAAUAAUCUACCAUGUUUCUACAUCAAAAUUGAUACAAAUACGAAUAUGACCAAGACUCAAAUGCCAUCUGCAAUGCAAGUAGCAUGUUGGAUACGGGAAUAUGUUCAACAACAUACAUCUAAUUCAAUCAACGAAUUUUCUCUUUUAAUACCUGCUGGUACGAAUAGAUACAAAUUUGGCGUUAAAUCGUUGAAUGACUUUUUAACCCUUUGGAACUGUAAAUGGCCCAAUGAAAUGGAGAAAUUUAAAAUUGAAAUUCGACGACCCCGUGCAUUACCAGACCGAUGUGCCGUAGUUGUACGUUAUGUGCCUGGAGAAUUAUCAAAUGGGUUGGUUUUCAAUGAAAUAACCAGAUCCAUCAAGUCAGCAGCGUCCGUUUCAAAAAUUAAUUACCAUCAUACUCGAACAACAAAUGAUUUCAGGUUCUGCAUCACUGAUAUCAAUGAAUAUACAGAAAUAAUAACGAUUGGUCGAAUAGCUAUAGGACAUCUCAUGCUUCCGGUCACUGCUUUCAUUCCAAGUCUUAAAAUGACUUAUUGUAACAAUUGUUGGGAACUUGGCCACUUACGUAAUGAAUGCAACGUCACUCCUAAAUGCCGACGGUGGGUGUGGGUGAUGAUUUUGUUGUUGUUGAAUUGGAUGAGAUGUAUCUGGAUGGUCGAUUAA